AUGUCGUCCCUCGCCGCUGAACGCGAGAAUUACGCCGCCUUCUUCCGCGAUACCGUCGACGCCCUGCGGCACGGCGACAUGCUCACCCUCCUGUCGCCAACACGCAUGUUUCGCCUCUUCUUCAACACGGUAUACAUUUUGUCACAGCUCGUCAUCAUUUGGCUCUUCAAGCCGCCGCCUCCGCCGAGGCACAAGAAGAUCGCGUAUCGCGGUCGCAUUGCGGUCAUUGGCGCCGGCCUCACAGGCGUGUCCACAGCAGCGCACGCGGUCGCGCAUGGCUUCGACGUCGUCUUGUAUGAGCAAGGGGAUCGGAUUGGAGGCAUCUGGGCGCAUGUAAAUGCAUCCUCGGGCCUGCAGCUCAACUCGCUGCUGUACCGCUUCCAUCCAGCUGUUUUGUGGUCGCGCGCGUUUCCGAAGAGAGACGAGAUUUUGAGCGAGAUCACCCGGGUUUGGCGGGAGUAUGACCUUGAGCGGCACACGCGCCUCUCAACACCUGUCACAUCGGUACGCCGAGCAAAGCCUCAGGAGCUUGACGAUGUCGGCGAAGGCCAUGGGCUCUGGGUGAUCAACGACGAUGUGGAAGGUGGCGGUGUGUUCGAUACGGUCGUGGUCACAGUCGGGACAUGCGGGAAGCCGCGGUGGAUCGGCAACAGCUCCGGGACGAGCCAAGAAGAGACGUUUGCGGGGCUGGUGCUGCACUCGUCCGAGAUGGACGACGCGCCACUGGAGGGCAAGCGCGUGAUCGUGAUCGGCAGCGGCGCGAGUGGUGUGGAGGCGGUCGAGGCGGCGAUCAAGCGCGGUGCAAAGACGACGGACGGCGGCGUGGUGAUGAUUGCCCGCAAUGACAAGUGGAUUAUACCGAGGAACAUCGUGAUGGACACGCUCAUCUCGGCGCAGCCAUUCGGGCGCGAGAUGCCCUUGAGGUGGGUCAUCGUGUGGGAGAAGAUUAUCACGGCUUGGAACUACCAUGGUGUCGAGGACCUGACACCGGCACGCUUGGGCCUUUUUGAAGGUACACCGGUCGUCAACGACGAGUUCUUGGGCCACGUACGCAGGGGACGGUGCAGUUAUGUCCGCGGGGACCCACAGCAGCUGACCAGCGGCGGUGUGCGGGUGAAUGUGCGCAGACGAGCGAGCAAGCCCGGCGAUGAGGGCGAGGAGAAGGAGUUCUCCGCGGACGUGAUUGUGCUUGCGACCGGGUUCCAAAAGCCAGAAAUAGGCUUCCUUCCUGACGACCUGUUCCCUGAGGGAUACGAACGGCCGAAUCUGUACCUGCAAAACUUUUCAACGGAGGACUGGUCGGUGCUGAUGACCAAUUCAUCAUAUACGAACGCGAUCGAUAUCGCUAGGAUCACUGGCUUAUUUAAAUUAGAUACGCGCAUGCUGCUCACAUUCCUGAUGGACAAGAAUGCGCGGCCCAUCCCGAAGGACAUGAAGCUGUGGGUAGACGUGCUGCGCUUCGUAAAGCGGGGGGCGCGGGGAGGCGCGCUCGGGUUCUUCACAUACAUGGAGCUGACCAUCUGGCUGCUGUUGUUCCACGUCUUCCGGCUGGAUAGAUUGAAGUGGCUGUUCUUCAUCAUGCAAGGAUGGGGCGUUCGGCCGAAGGUUGUUGGGGAUGCGGACGCCGAAGCGGAUAAUAAGCCUCUGGGUGCGAGAGAGCGGAACGAAGUCGAGGGGGACAGCGGCAAGAAGGCAUCGCCCAUUACGCCCGGUGGCAACGUGAACGGAUGGGUUAGAGGGGAUUGA